AAAGAACAUACUAAAAUCCGUCGCUAUUUGGGGAACGAGGGCGCCGGUGUACGAGCACGGCAAUACACUCCGCAACUUAUCUAAGAACACCGAAGAAACACCAUGAACACCGUCAUCUCUCGGUUCAUCAUUCACAGUCUACUACCUCAAAAUGCUCCGAGCUUCACCAGGCUUCACGUCCACUUCAUAUCAUCUCCUCCUCGUCGGAGAUUCGGCACAGUUGCUGUUUCCCAUUCUCCCGACGUUAGCGACGAGAGGAUGGUGGUGGUUGGUGGUGGAGCUGCUGGAAUAUAUGGAGCAAUUAGGGCUAAGACUUUGGCUCCCAAUCUUAACGUUAUCGUGAUUGAAAAAGCAAAGCCCUUGGCAAAGGUCAAAAUAUCAGGAGGUGGUCGUUGCAAUGUCACAAAUGGCCAUUGUCCCGAUAAUAAGAUUUUGGCAGAAAAAUACCCAAGAGGUAGUAAAGAAUUCAGAGGUUCAUUCUUCAAUGUUCAUGGUCCAGGUGACACCAUGUCCUGGUUUUCUGAUCAUGGUGUCAAAUUAAAGAUUGAGGAAGAUGGAAGGGUCUUCCCUGUGACUGACAAUUCAUCUACAAUAGUUGAUUGCCUUUUAAAUGAAGCAAGACAAAGAGGAGUUACACUGCAGACAGGAAAAUCUGUCACAUCAGCUUCUAUUUCUCAAAGUGGAAAAUUUACACUCAAAAUUGAGAAACGUACAAUUGAUUAUGUGGAUUUUGUUGAAGCUGAUUACUUAUUAAUAGCUAGUGGCAGCAGUCAACAGGGUUAUAAUCUUGCUAAUCAACUUGGACAUUCUGUAAUUAAACCAGUGCCAAGUUUAUUUACAUUCAAGAUUGAUGAUAUCCAGUUGACAGAGUUAUCUGGGAUUACAUUUCCAAAAGUGAAGGCAAGUUUAAAGCUUGAAUCUUUGAAGAAGAACAUUCCACAGCUUACCCAAGUUGGGCCAAUGUUAGUCACACAUUGGGGACUUAGUGGGCCCGUAAUUCUUCGUUUAUCUGCUUGGGGGGCUCGUGAUCUCUUUGAUUCCAAUUAUAAAGGAACACUUCUUGUUGACUUUUCUCCCGAUCUUUCAAACGAAGAUAUAAAGGCGUUACUAUCUCAACACAAAAAACAAUUUCCGAAACAAAAAGUAGGUGGUUCAUAUCCUCAAGAAUUUGGGAUCAUGAAACGAUUUUGGAAAUAUUUGUUGAAUCGUGAGGGUAUUGAUGAAGAUAUAUUAUGGGCUUCCAUUUCAAAUAACUCAUUGAUGUCGAUUGCUACUUUAUUAAAGCAAUGCUCUUUUAUAGUGAAAGGAAAGGGCCAAUUCAAGGAUGAAUUUGUUACAGCUGGAGGUGUUCCAUUAUCUGAGAUUUCACUGAAAACAAUGGAGAGCAGGAUUCAAUCGCGUCUGUUCUUUGCUGGAGAGGUGCUGAAUGCUGAUGGGAUCACUGGAGGUUUUAAUUUUCAGAAUGCUUGGUCAGGUGGGUAUAUAGCAGGAACAACCAUAGGCCAGCUGGCGACCAGUGCCACAUCAGCACCUACUUUGAAGCAACAAGCGGCAUGAGGGUGUAAAACAAUCCACAUUUUUGACCUCCUUGAAAGUGGUCCUUCAACUCUCACACAGUCUUAAAGUACACUGAGCUGGCACCAAGAAGAUAUUGUUGGUCGCGUUGAGACAGGAGUAGAAAAUGAGGAAGACGUAAAGCCAUUGGAGGAGAGGUCCUUUUGGGUUAAAUAUGUGGGUAAUCUUUUUUUUUUUAGCAUAUGAAGUCCGUGCAAGCGAUGAUAGAGUAGAAGUAAUCUUACCAGUUCUUUGAAGCAUUUCAUCAAGCAAUUGAUGUGCGUCAUCAAAUAAGCCAAAUAUCAACAACAAAAGUAAUCCAACCCCUCUUUCAAUGAGUACCUUUUUAAUCCACCAAAAUCUGAAAAUAGAAAUACAUUUAAGAUGAUAUUCAAUUUUACUAAGAAAAACAUUUCUUGUUAUCAAUUGAUAACAUCAUAACAAACAACUGGAUUCACUGUCAUUAUAAAUGAAAGAAGACAUGAUUUUAGAAAGAAAGGGUAGAAUUGAAAAACUUAUUCUUCCACAACAUCCCCUCGCACUUGAACUACUUCAACCAACUCCUUAGGUGGUGUAAUCUUUGUAAGAAGAACUUCUGUAAACACAAAUUAGAUCGUUAAAAUGAAACAAAGACAUAAAAAUGGGUUUUUUUUUGUUGUCAGAAUAUGGCGAUUACCUGUUUAUACUCUCUGAAUAUUUCAUCUUUGUUUUCCCAUAAUCUUUCCCUUUUAGGUCUGGUACUGCAGGUUAUUAACCUAUUUAAAUUGUUACUUCUACUUUCACUGCCUUUAUUGUGAGUACAGAAUGUUGAUGAUUAGAAGCAAGGAACAAAUUUCUUCAAUCGAUCAUACUAUACCUUCAAUAAAUGAAAAAGAAGAGUUUAGAAUAGAAAAAAGACGGAUGAAUUUACCUUGUAUCAGUCGAAUGAUGGUGAAAGCGGUGGAGGCACAUGGGUGUUGUCUUCAUGGUUCCUCUUGCAGAAGAAGGGAAGCGAGAACCCCCUGGUUCGCUUUAUGUUGCCCACUCUGGAUUUCCUUCAACCAAAAACCCUCUUUACCUCUUUUCAACGGACCAGGUGGGCAAUAUUUGUCCAAAUCAAGCGUGUGACACCGACGUUUGCUGUCUGCGUCGUUGGUAGGGUUGCUUCUCGGCGUGGAGACGAUGGUUCGAUUCUGCCGAGAAUAACCAAGGUUGAGAGAAGAGUAACCAAGAUUGAGAGAAGAGUGAGAAAGUAAUUGGAUGAGAUAGGCGGUGGCAAAUAAAUAAACUGCAAAAAAUAGUAUUCGUCCAAAGGGCGGCAAACGAUAAGAAGCGAAGAUAAGGACGACAAAACAUAUGAAGUUGGUGCUGCAGAAAGGAAAGCAAAACCUCAAUGUCAAAAUAACGAAAACUUAAACUUCCGUCAGUCCGUGGCCAUG